UGAUAAAAAAAAAAAAAAAAAAAAUCACAAUAUUUGAAUGCAUUUGAAAGGAAGAAGAGGAGAAGGAGAAGGAGUUCCUUGCCAUGAUGGGAAAGCGAGCCCCGAACAUGAUCGUGGGAGAGCUCAAGCGCGAGGCCAACAAAUAUCGAGAGGCUCAUCAGAGUGCCCAGGACAAUAACACCGCUUUGCACAGAGCCAUUACAUCACACCUGGCCAACCUUCAGUUACUUACCAAACCUCUGGACCAGGUAGCUUCUGCCAUUCCCUCUGUGGCCAGUGUUGAAGCUCAAGGUGACCCGGCUACAAAGCAGGAGGUGAAGCGUCUGUUGGGCAAAGUAAAGGAGAUGCGCACACAAAGAACACAGCUAGAGUCUCAGCUGAGGACAGACAUUCAGAACGAUGAUAUCACAAAGCAGUUGGUGACCAACCAGGAUGACACUGAAGAAUUCUUCAAGAAUGAAUUGAAAAAACAUGACAGAUUGGUUUUAGGUUUAGAAAAAAAUAUGUCUGCCCAAGCCAAUAUCCUGCAAGCUCUCUCAGAGGCCAAUGCUGCUUAUGCCACCACCCGUCGCCUCACCAAUCAGGCUCAGGCACAGAGAUCAGAGACUCUUUCGUCUCUCUUGGCAUCAUAUAAUGCGUACCUCAAUAUACUUAAGAAAGCUGAAGAUGCUCAAGAGUUUUACCAUAAGCUGGAGGGACAAGUAAGCAAGCUUGCAUCUCGGGUUAAGUCUGUCUGUAGGGUGCAGGACGAGGAACGAGAGGAGAUGCUUUCAGCAAAUGUUAAGAAGUUCACAGGUGGUGUGCCUCCAGCCAAGCCCAUAAGAGAAGGGAGCAUAGAAGCACCAGGAAGCUCCACAAGUGGUCCAAAACUAAAAGAUUUCUUACAGCAUAUGAAAGGAGGCCCAGGGAUGGCAGGUGUGGUUCCAGGAGUUGGUGCUGGAGCAUCGCCACAGGUGCAUCCGGGGUAUGGAUAUCACGACCCCAGUGGCUCUUAUGCCAGUAGUAUGAGGCCUGCCCCAUUGGGAUCAGAACAGAGUGAUGCUAUGACAUCCUGCAGUCAAGCUGGAGGAUAUUCAGCAAAUUACUCUAGCCAGUCAGCAGCAUACCGUCCAUCUGCUCCCUCCCCAGUUCCUUCCCCAGCCCCUCAGAGCUCUGGCUCACCUUAUAAAGUUCCCACAACAACUGCUGCUUUCAGUGCUCCAGGUCACUAUUAUGGUAGUCAGCAAAUGGGUGCUACUCCAUACUCUACUGGUGCAUCAGCAUCAGGGUACCCCUCUAGUAUGGGAGCAGGUGCUGCUGCAUCAUCAACAGUAACAGCUUCAGUUAGUGAAUCAGCCACUCCUUAUAACACAGCAAGCAGUGCUCAUUCCUCUAAUAUCUAUAAUAUGAGCCAAGCAGGAAGUCAGCCUCAGUAUGGAUAUAGUGGAGGAUACUCUUAUUAUGGACAACAAGGUGUAGGAGCUGCAUCUUCUGUAAAUACAUCAACAGCUGUUAGUGGUGGAACUCAACAUAGUGGAGCCACAGCAUCCUCUCAUAGUCAGGCCCAUCAAUAUAGUUAUGGUUCCACUUACCCACCAGGUGUUGCAUCAGGCACCAGCAGCAGCAGUAGCACAGCUGUGGGAGGAACAAGGGCAGCAGGGAGCACAGGUGAGGGAGGCCCAUCUGUGGUUCAGAAGGACACAAGAAAUAUGGGUCAGAAUUACUAUGGGUAUUAUCAGCAACCAUCUGGGACACCUGCCAUACCAGCUACAGCAGUGACUGCAGUUACAACGGCAUCUGCUGGGAGUACUCAGCAGGGAUAUCCUACAACUACGGCAGGUGGUAGCAGUUACUAUUAUCCUCCAUAUUCCUAUCAGUACCCAAGUGCACAGGCCACCAGCCCUGCUCCUGCUGCAAUGUAUAGCCAGGCAGGCUCUUAUUAUUCAUCAAAUAUGAGUCCAGACUCAAAUAACCAAUCAGGAGGUGUUGUAUAUUCAAACCAGACUGCCUAUGCAGGCUAUGCCAAAUCACCAUAUAGUAACCAACAAUCUGGGACACAAGGAGAUGCUUCAUACCAGAAUUCUGCUGGAUCAAACUUUGCUUCAAGUGCAUAUGGCAGUUCAGCAAGUGGUAGUACCCCAGCAGGGGCUUAUCCACAGUCCAAAACAGCAACUUCCCAAGCUGUGCCCAUAACUACAACAGGAACUCAGGCACCACAGUCACAUUGGAACAUGUAUGCCAGUUACCCACAGUCAGGCAUUACAUCCAUCAGCAGCAGCCAAGCAGGAAGUCCUGGAACAUUUGGCACCCAGAGUUCUUCACACAGAGCACCUUCAAUGUCAGCUACAUUUACCACAUCUCAGACAGGUGCAUCGACAGUGCCUUCUCAAGCUUAUUCAUCACCUGUUGUAGUAACAGCUAAUGCAACUAAUACUCAUUACAGUCAGACCAUGAUGUAUAAUCAGAAUUAUCAGACUUGGGCACAGUAUGGCUCACAUCAGCCUCAGCAGCCACAGCAACCACAACAGCCACAACAGCCACAGCAGCCACAGCAGCCACAGCAACCUCACCAACAGGCUUAUCAGGCUCAGUAUCCAAUGGGUCAGAAGCCUCAGAUGCAGCAGGCCCAUCCCCAACAGCCUCAGCAUCAACCUGUACCUCAGCAGUCACAGCCUCAGUCACAGCAGCAGCAAUAUCAACCACAGCAACCAACAUCACACCUACCACAAGGGCAACCUCUACAGCCCCAGCAGCCAUCAGUGCAACCACAAACACAGCCUCUUCAGCCACAACCCCUUCAACCACAGAAGCAGCAGCCACAGCAGGUACCACCUGCUACAGGAGCCACAUCCUCCGUUGCUCCAUCUGUUUCAUCUGUUACUUCAGGCAUAUCAAACUUGGACCUCUUGUCAGGCAUUGAGCUAACUUCACCACCUGGCUCACAGUGGUCGCCCCUAACUCCGCAGCCAGCAGUCUCUGGAGUCCAAAAGGCUGCUGAUGUUGUGGGUUCUAUGGGAGCAGCAGCUUCAGUUGGAGCAUCUUCAGCACCUGAUGUGACUUCUGCUGCAGGGGCAGUUGCCGACGCUAGCCAGCCUCCUCCAGCCAGCAGCAGCAACCUUCCAAAUGUGGUGUCCAGUAACACAGCUUCAAACAGCUCGAAUGUGGUUCCCUCCAGCCUCCUUGACCUCACUGCCUUAGCUAAGAAUCGCAAACCGUCUGCUGUUGAUCCCUUAACUGAUGAUCAGACACUCAAGAGGCUUGCAGGUGAAACAGAAAGGUUGAGCAAGAUUGUGGAAGGGUUAGAUCGCAAGUCUCUGAAUGGCCCAACGAACCUUGAUAAAAAAUGGAAGGAACUCCAGGAUGUUGUGGAUAAGGAAUGUGGGGAGUUAAAAGUGUCAGUUGCACGGUGCUAUCCUCUUAAAAACAGAUUUGCUGAUAUUCUCCCUUAUGACCAUACUAGAGUUACUCUUCCCUCAGCUAGAGAUGACUAUAUCAAUGCCUCUUUUGUACAGUUGAAAUCUACCGAAGAGAGCUUCCCACUUAUCCUAACCCAAGCACCCAUGCCUGCUACAUUUGUUGAUUUCUGGACAAUGGUGUGGGAACAGCAAGUUGAAAUCAUUGUUUGCCUAAACUCUGAGGCUGAGGUCAAAGGACAGACAUAUUGGCCUGGAGAAGUAGGCAGCAGUUCUGAUUAUGGGCAGAUAACUAUCUCCCUGCAUAACUGUCGUGAAGCAGGGUCUCCAGUGUCAUUCCAACGAGUUUUGCAUGCCACACACCGGACUUCCAAAGUGACGAGGGUCAUAAUUCACCUGCAGUUCUUAGGCUGGCCACCAAGUGCCAUGCCAGAAAGUCCUGGGCCACUUCUGCAAUUCAUAUCAGAAGUGCAUACGUUCCAGCGACAGCAAAGAAAUAAAUUAAGGGCAAUUGUGGUACAGUGUGUUCCUGGCUUGGGCAGGAGGAAUCCUGACCAAUAAGGCUACUUUUGAGGAGGGUCCCCGAGAAAAAACCCAUGUCCGCCAUCCUUCUGCAGACCUCCUCUCCUCCUAUGACUUGUCUCGGCUUAAAAGCAAACUGGGUUUAGACCAAGAAUGUGGUAAAGCAAGAAGCGACGGGGAAUGCUCGAGAAGCAACUCAGCCUCAUCUCUACUAAGCAAUGGAUCGUCUGCUGGGAUAGAUCUAGUAGGAGAAGGGCCGAGGGAAAGCAGCCAAGAACCUAGCGCAUCUAGUGCAUUAGAGGUUCCUGAUACCUCUGUUGGUGGUGAUGGUAGUGAAGCUGAUGGUAGUUGUUUAGAUAAAGAAGAAGAGAGUGCCUUGGACAGUAAGCUCAACACUAGGGCUGUGAAAGUGGGUGGUCUUCUAGAUACAGACCUUUCAUCAUUAGCACCUAGCUUAGCUGCUAGUUUAGAUCCCCAACAAUUUAAAAUUGAUCCGCCUGUGCCUGGAAAGCCAAGCAAAAUCACCAAAGAAAGUUUUGAGAAUCCAUCUGGGCCCUUGAAGAUUCCGGAUGAUCCAACUGAUCCAUUUAGUGGAUUAGACCCUCUUUGGUCCCACAAGAAAUCGUAAAUUUGGCUAAUUUAUUGACCUGUACUGUUUACCUAUGCAAUUUGGUAAAUAUUCCAUUAUUUCAAAAUUGUUAAAUGAUCUUCAUUGUCUUCUUGCAGGUUGUUCAUUCCUUUUUAAUAAUUAUUGGCAUUUAUGUAAGUCUUCAUAUCCAUUAAUAAGCCAUUGCAUGAAGUAUUUAGUCAACAUUGUUAGCAUUUCAAAUUAGCCUAGGGUGCAUAUCAAAGCAUAUAUUUUGUUUUUUCCCUAACAAGAACUUUGGGUUUUUACUUAUUUUCUCUAAAGAAAAAGAAAGGCAAAUAAGGUAAAAGAAAAAUGGCCUAUGUUCAAUUUGCAUAUCAGGUUCUUUAUUUUAUAUAUUUUUCCAAGCUCAUGAACAAGAGAUUUGAAACAGUGAGAGAAUGGGUGUAGAACCAAGGUGCACAGUGUGCAACUUUAUAAAUGUCUACUUGACUAUUUAUCUAUAUUUUACAUGUUUAAAUAUAUCUUUUAAAUAUAUUUAGGUAAGCAUACUAUGUAAAUGUUAAAAUAAAUAUUAUUAGUACCGAGAAUUAUUCAGAAUAAUUAUUUGUUUAUGUUGAUGUAAUCCACAGGCAUUGCAUUCUGGUGCUCAGACCAACUGUAUGUUUGUGGGUGCAUGUGUGUGCCUGCAAGCAUGGUGUUGUAGGUUGUCCUUUAUAGUAUUUGAUUAAAUAAUUAUAUUAUGUUAUUGUAGUGUCAUGUAACAUUGUAGAAGAUGGAACAAUGUACACACUGUAAAGGUCAUAAAACUUAUAAUUAGGUCUCAUAGAGAAUGCUAUCUUUGAGAGGAAGGGAUUUGUAUGUUUGUUAAUUUUCAUGAUUUUAUUUUUAUUUUUUUAAUUGUCUGUUAAGCAGUGUAAUGAGUAAUAGUCGUUUUUGGGUAUGAGAGACAGAUGUGCAAUUACUGGAGGAGGAACAUAAUCUGUACUGAUUUGUAAAGUGAAAGUAGAUUUAUUUUUUAAAAUCUGCUUCCAGUAUAUAGCUUUACUUGUGCAUUAUUGUUGAGUGAAUAAAAAAGGAAAAAAAAAAAAAAAGAGGAAAAAAAAAAAGAACCUAAGUGUGUACUAUAACUUAUCAUUAGAUAUACUGAUAUUAUAUUGGAUCACAGUCAAUACUUAAUGCUAUUCCACCAUAUAAAUGCUGGCAAUUAGAUUUUAUUAAUGACACUAUCGUAUGAAAUAAGACAUCCCAGUGUACUUUAGGCAAGAAUGAAAUACCCUAGUUUUAGCUUAAAAAAAAGUUAAAGUUAAAAUUAGUUGAACAAGUUAUUUGUGAUAAUACUUAUAUAUCUGUGACUUCCCAUAGUUACAGUGUUUUGAAACAAUAUAAAUUGAAAACA